AUGGUUGACAAAAGAGAGAAUGAUGAAAAGAGAAGGAAGAAGAAUGAUAGUGAACCUGGCUUGGACGCUGGGUAUUUUACUGGAUACGAGACGGAUGCUACAUCUACCAGGACUAAACUGAAGAAGAAGAAAACAAAGAUAAAAAAGGUGUCCGGGGAUGGCUACGAAACGGACGAUGGUAGCAGUCAUCCCCCUCUGCGUAAAUCCAAAUCAAAAUCGCGUUUCUUCAAAUUGGGGAAUAGGUCGAAGCCAAAUGUCGAUGAGGACGAAUCAACACAGGCACCUGCUGAAGUUCCUCCUCCUCCUCCUUUGCCAGCACCUGCGUUUCGUCUUCCUAUCGCUGCCAUGUUUGCUACGACGUUGAACUUGAAUGUUGAGAACGCCGUACUUGAACCUCCAAUUGGCCCUCUUGGAUUCUCCAGACCUCAAAGUCCAACCGUCGCGUCCAUGUCCCCUUCUUUGGCAUCAUCUGAAUCUGCUACAAUACUACAGAAUCAGAAGAACGGGUAUGAUGUAGAAUCGCUCGUUGGUGUCCAUGAGCCGUCCAUAAUGGCUGUCAAUACUACUAGUAGCAGCCCAAGCAAACGCACUAUCAUUCGUUUCGCUAGCGACAGCAGUGAUAAUCAUGGGACCACCAGUUCGAGCAACGGUCAUUCAUUCCUCUCCAGGCUCACAAAUGUCUCUUCGAGCUCAGCGUCGACCACGGGGUCGGUGACUUCUCCAAAUUUGAAGUCAUUAAACAUCUCGUAUCCUCUCACGCGUUCGCCUUCUCCGCCUUCUCCUCCUUUCAAAACUCAGCCUAUGGUUGCUCCAACGUCUGGCCUCGACAGGUCAAACACGAAACGCGCACCACGACCGCUCUUUUUAAAUCGUAUACCCUCAAGUCAGAAAAAAUCCACUUCCAACUCCGGUGACAAUUCGCCUUCUGAUUGGUCCCCUGCGGGCUCUCCAUUUGUGGUAUUGACUCCCAAUCCAGCUAGUUCUUCAGCUUCCGGUGGUCGGCCAGGAAUGACUUCUGCAACUUCUGGGAGCACAAACAGCGCCAACACCGUCACUCGUUUACAUAUACCUUCUCCCCUGCUUUUACGUGCUCGCGACUUAUCUCCUGCGGGCUCUUACAGAGAUAUCAUGCCUUCCACAGACUUCGUAGUUCCCUCCCCUUCAAAUGAUGUUUUCGUGCCUCCCAACAGUCUAGGCCAUUAUGAUAUUCCUCCGCCCAGCCCUCCACCCACCGUCCCUCUUCCUGAUGUACCGACUAAUCCUGAACAGUGGCGUGGUCGAGGCCAGGGCUCUGAGGCUGGACAUCAGCCUCACCUUACUGUCGACCCUUCUAUUCGAUCUUCUUCACCUUCUAAUCCGCCUCAGCGUGGCCGAGUUUCACCUUUUCCAACUCGGCCUGUUCAGUCGAAUGGAAUUGCCACUGUACACACAGUUCCGAGCCGUGGAUUCGAGAGUCGAGUGCGCGUGAACAGAUAUCGAGGGAUAUAUGCUAUGCCACCGCCUGCUGGUGGGUGGAAAAAUAACUUUUCCAAAGAUUCUGGGUACGCUUCCAGCCCUGAGGCAUCUAGUUCCAAGCGCCAUGCUCGAAAAAGCACGAAUGUCGGGAUUCACAUUGAACAGCCUAGCGAUAGCGAAGAUGAUCCUGGUUCUGAUGCAGACUUGAGGAAUGUCAUACAAGGAUUCACGGACGGUGGACGGAGUGCUUCUGCGACGGGCCAUGAACGUGAUGUUGAGCCAGAGGCAGCUCUAGACCGUCGAAGGUCAUUAGAGGCUCUGCAAAACUACUAUAAUUCCUACGACAUCGGCUCAACACGGAAAAAGAGUCCUACCCGCCAAAUUUCUCCUCGGCCUUCAUUUAGCCGUUCCGCGUCCGAGGAAGACUUAUCCGACGACAGGUCUCGGUACACUUCGGACGACAAACACUCCAUGUACAAGACAAACAACGCAAGCCAGGCGCGAAGUCUUGCAAGCGGGUGGGCUGACGACCAUCGGUGGAGUAUGAGUGUCGACGGCGAAAGUCGAGCGAGCUUCAUGGAUGCUGAAAAAAGUGACGAAGCUCGGGAACGUUUCAUCAGACGGAUUGAGGGAAUGUUUGAUCAGAAUGGGAGAGAGCUUCCACCCAAUCUUGGCACUGGCAGAAAUGCAAUCAUUCCUCCUGUACCAAAACUUCCUCAGGGAUUGCAGGGCAGUUCGUCGAAAACUUGGAUUUGA